CUACAUAUAUAUGUCGGACGGGACGGUGUGUGAAAUUUCCAGUUUGGAUUUGGAUCCAAAGGAAGGGAAUACAAAAUAGUGAUGUUACGACAUUGUACAAGGUACCACGGACUGAACAGCAGAAAUAUUAGGAAGAGAAUGUAUCAAUCCAGUAUAUAAAGAUCUGGUGAAACAGACGAUACAGCUGUUCUGAUCAAGAUGGCUAGCUAUUCUGUUCAACAAGUGUGGGCCCGGCUGGACGCUGGAGGGCUUGGACUUGCUACCCAGUUUGGUGGUGCUGGGGAUGGGGAAGGCAUUAUUGUGACAGAGAAUAUGUGGAUAGAAGCUGCCAACUGUGAGGCGUCCAGAGCACGGAACCUGCAGAUUCCUCGUGGACGUGGAAUUGACACUAUAUUUCUGUUGGAUAUCUCAGAAAGUAUGGCUGAUCAGGGUUUGGCUCAAAUGAAGGAGGUUGUGCUGGAAAUUCUCAAAAGUAUUCAGGGAUGUUCAUUUGCUCACCAGAGGGAGGAGAAUGUCGCUAUAGUAACCUUUGGACACACAACCAUCGUGGACUAUCAUUUGACCAACAAUUAUGAUGAGAUUAGAGCAUCCCUGGACCGACUGAGGCCAGGGGGCCGAUCACCCAUGUUGGCGGGGAUGUACAUGGCUCUGUCAGCCAUUGCAGCCAGAGGGACCGAAACUGUCAUCAAUGGAAUAUCUGUCCACCCUAGAAUUAUACUAGUGUCAGAUGGUCAGGCCACAGACUCGGACCGUAUAGCAGGGCCUGACCAAAAAGCUACAAGUCUGUCAGUGGACGCUUGGGAUGGUAUAAUAAACUUGGCCAUCAGACUUGGAGCUGAUCAUCAUCCCAUCAGCUGUGUGCCGGUAGGAAAGGCAAAUGAGGACUUCCUUUUGGAGAUUGCUUCUAAGUCUGGAGGUCAUCUGGUGUGUCAGAGUGAAGUCCACAGAAUAGGCAGAUACUUCAAAAACCUGACUGAGGUCACAUCCAUGAAACGUAAGCAUGACCUUACUACUAAAGAUCCACAAGUGUUUGCCAAUUUGGCCCGCAGUAUGUUGACCGAUGUGAAGGACUCAGACAUUGAGGCCAUGAUGCUUAUCCUUCUAGAGACAGACAAUCUCAGUAGCUGCAAGACAAAAGAGGAUGAAAUACUUGACCCUCAGUUGCCAUUGAUGGGAGCACGGGUCCGACGGGGCAAGGACUGGGCUUGGGGAGAGCAGGACCUUGGUGGACCAGGAACUGUCACUAGUCACUGUAACCAAAUAGGUUGGUUAACUGUUCAAUGGGAUCUGAAUAAUGUGUGUGGACGGUAUAGGUAUGGUGCCGAAGAUAAGUAUGACCUAGCAUUGACCCAGGAACCUCGCAUCCUUCACCAGGACGAGCUGAUAGGGACAGGAUGUCUCGUCUGUAGAGACAAAGAUUGGUCAUAUGGUCAUCAGGAUGGUGGCCCUACAAAUGUGGGCGUCGUCUUUGAUGUCAAUCCCAACGGCCUCAUCAGGGUUCGCUGGCCUAAUGGACACAUGAACACAUAUAAAUAUGGAUAUGAGGGAAUGUUUGAUGUUAAAAUGUGGCACCCAGAGGAGAAUUUUUCUAACAGCUGGCCUGUCACUAGGUCAACCUCCAACCGCUCUUCAGGUUCUGAUACUUUGUCUACACCCCCUACCCCUCUUAAUUCCGAGCAACCCCCACUAACUCCUCACUUUCCCUCUUCUGACCCUGUACAUAGGUCUACCCCUCUCACAACACCGCCCUUCCAACCUAUCCCUCCACCUACAACCUCUAGUGCAUCAGAACCUAGCUUCUCUCCUAGAAAUCAGCUUGAAAAACUUCAGAUAGGUGAAGAGGGAACUUCAGACCUUUCCAUGCAAGGAUUGAAGGGAAGUCUAGAAAGCACCGGAGAUAUGUUUAAAACUACUGACCCUGAAGUCAAGGAUGAUGAUUUAUUUUCUGGAAAUGUAGAGUUCUCUCCCCCUGUUGAUGAGGUCCAGCCAGGUGGAAAAAGUGGUGAUUUUAAUCUGGCACAUAACCAGGGGAGUGACAGCUAUGAUUCAAAUCUGGCAGGAACGCUGUCUCCAGGAGUGAACCCUACAACACCCGUGUUCACACAGAAAACCAUCUCCUGGCAGUACCAGCUUCCAGGGGGCACCUGGCAACCAUACCAAGAUGAUGUCAAUCAAAAAAUUGAGGAAAAAUACAAAAAGAGCGACAAGACAACAUUAAUUAAAAUUGACAAUAACAACUAUCGUAUAAUUUUGAAAGGAAAUUUACGACAGACCCAUGUAAAGCGUAACGGUAAAAACGAAGGUCCUGUAGAACCAGAUUGUGCUGUGCGACGUUUAGAGGUCCCAAUUGAAAUCUGGGGAAUGGACAAGGAAAAAGUGGACCUAUACUUCUCUGCUCUAGAGAAAGGAGUAGAAAAAUUAAGAAAUCUUCGCCUGAUGGUUGUCGGCCAUGAAGGGGUAGGCAAGACGACUCUUUGUCAUCACCUCAUGAAAAUAGUAGUUCCAGAAAACUUGGACAGUACUAACGGCAUCGACAUCUACAUCCACCGGUAUCUUAUCAACAUGAAGAGUAAGAAGCAAACUCCUCUCCCUCCUGACCGCCAGGAGGAGGCCGCCUGUCUUAGACUUGCCAAGGUUGUAGCCAGCUUUAAACAUGGGGGUGACAUGAUGGGAGAAAACCUGGUGGUGGGCUCCAUUAACCAACCAGACCUCCCAAGUCUGUGCAGUCACAAAGGUUAUGGAUCAGAUGAUCAACCUGACACAUCACUGUCAUCAGAGACAGAAGUUAUAACUAUAGGAAACAAGAGUUCUGAUGAUGCAGAUGAAGAGCUACAGGAUCAGAGGUCAUAUUCCAGUGAUGGGAGCAAGAUCAAUAAGUAUAGAUUCCCUACCCCCAAUAUACAUGAUAGCACUUGGAAGAAUACAGGCAAGCCACGCGAGCACAAGAUCACAAACUUCUUUAAGAAUGACAUGGUGGACGUGAUGCAAAAGUCAGAAGGGGAAGAUGAGGGUGAGGAAAAGGCCUACUUGUCAGUCUGGGACUUUGGAGGUCAGAAGGUGUUCUACGAUUCUCACCAUAUCUUCCUCAGUAAAGAUGCUGUCUACCUUGUCUGUUUCAAUGUCGACGACUGUCUUUCUGACGAGGCCAAGAAAAGUGCAGAGUUUGAGCGAGCCCGGUUUUGGCUACAUUCUAUUGGCACAUUGUCCACAAAGCAAAAAAAAUCUGAUGAGACGAAGGAGUUUGAUUUACCUCCGAUCAUCCUUGUGGGCACACACAUGGACAAAGUGGAAGGAAUGGAUGCAGAUACAAAGAGGUCUAAGUUCAUUGAAAUGUGUUCAAAGCUUCUCAACCGGCCAGAACUGCAGAAGAUUAAAAACCAUAUCCAGGGCUACUGUGCUGUUGACAACAGCAAUCCUAACCUGCCAUGGAUAGCUGAACUAUGGGAGAAUAUCAUCAAGUCUGCUGAGUACCAGUCACAAUGGGAUCGGGAUCUGCCUGCAAGAUGGCUGUCACUAGAGAGAGAACUAAUGAAACUCAAAGGUCAAGGUCAAAAGAUUAUGACUUUUAAAGAGAUCACAGAACUGGACAAGAAGUUGGAAACUCCAAUCGGAAAUGAGGCGGAAAUAGAACUCUUCCUUGAGUAUUUACAUCAGACUGGUAAUAUCCUAUUUUUCAAAGAUGGAAUUGAGGGAGAAGACUUGAUGGCCCGAAAGUUGGUCUUGGACCCCCAAUGGAUAGUGUUUGCCUUUCGUUGUCUCAUUACCGACAGCAAGUUCACCCAUUUUGAAAGCAGUAACUUGGAUACCAUGUGGAAGAUGUACCAUAUGAAUGCUGAACUGCUGCAACCCCUGGUUGAUGUCUUGUGGAGAGAAGAUCCCUUCAGGGAGCAUAAGGCUAUCCUUCUCACACUCAUGGAGAAUUUGGGACUGAUAUCACGGCCCAAGUCCCUCAAUAACAUCCAGGCCGAUGAGAAAGUGCAGUACUACAUUGUGCCUACCAUCUUAAAAGAGACCAGUUUUGAUUGGCUGGAAUCAGUGUUGGAUGAAGACACUUUAGCACAAAGCUGUACUUUGUGCAUGGCCUACGAGUUUUUGCCGUUUACAAUCUUCCACAAACUGUUGGCUGCUUGUAUUGGAAAUUACAAGAUAGCAGCCCACCUGACGCAGGAAAGUGUGCCUCUACAGAAGGGGUUCGGCUGCUUCAUGGUAGGGCAGCACUGGCAUAUGAUACUACACUGCAAAAACUCUGUUGUCAAGGUAACAAUGUUCAAAUUUGUGGAGAUGAAAGAGGAAAAGAUAAUUAUGCCUGGGGAGCUGGUAGAAGUGCGGGAAUUCCUGGAGGGUGCUUUGAAGAAAAUCCUUGACCGUCACCAACUAGGUCACCUCUCAUUCCAGUAUGAGGUACACUGCAAGUUCUGGUGUGGGGAGAACGAACAUCGUGUGUCAGUGGAUAACAUUCAGCAAGAGAAAAAAUUGCGUUGUUGCAGUAAGCCAAAAUUACAUUUCUUCAACACAGAAGACCUAGCCCCUUGGUUUGCUCCCCGAGAUUGUGACGAAAGUUAGCUGACUUGAUAGGGUGACAGGAACAAGCAUGAGAUGAUCACAAUAUACAGGGCUUUCAUAUUAAACGUAGGAUGUACA